UGAAAUUGGGAACUCCAACUCAGUUUUCCUAUCGAUUUCUUGCGGCGUGAACUAACCGGAACGUUGCAGGCGCUCUUCUUGGUUUCCAAUCGGUAGCUCAUUAACGACGGACCACCAUGGGGACCCGUGUUAUUGUGCGGCAGAUUCUUCGACAGACUGUAAAAAAUGCCCCCCGCUCCGAUUUCACGCGUGUCCAGUUUAAGAGACCCCACCUUCCGUCCCUGUGCCUCGGCUGCAGACUGCUCUGCUCCGCCUCGGAUCACACGGCUCCCCCGUUACCGCGUCGCAACCGCUCCGUCUCUCCCGAGCUGUCCCUGCCCUCUUUGCUCGACAUGGGAUUCACGGAGCUCCAGGCAGAGCAGCUCUACGACUGCGUGUCCAGGGUGAAAGGGGCGAACGCCGCCACGCACGUCUUGUCGACGCUCUCGGCGCUGUUCGUCCUGGGGCUUAAUCCCGCCAGCGUGCACAAGCUGCUGGACAGAUGCCCCGAGCUCUGCGCGGUGAAGGAGGCGCAGCUUCAGCAGCGGAUAAAUCAUCUACGGAAGCUGGGUUUGGUUGAAGGGAGUCUUCAGAGAACCGUGGUCCACUACCCACAGAUCUUAACCGUGCCUGUGAAGUCUAUAAAAACUGUGGUGCAGUUCCUCAGGGAAAAGUGUCUGUUUACCACCCAGCAGGUGACAGAAAUCCUCCGAGACAGUCCAGCUGUGGUGUUGGAGGACCUGGCCCAGCUGGAGUACAAGUUUCAGUACGUUUACUUCCGAAUGGGCGUCAAACAGGCAGAGAUGGUGAAGUGCAGGUUGUUCCGUAGCACUGUGGACGAGGUGCGCUGUCGGCACACUUUCCUGGAGCGACGGGGCCUGUACCAAACCCCGGACAAGAAAGGACAGACCACCAUCAUGAACCCCAAACUGGACAGCGUCCUCAACCUGGACCGGGAGGCGUUUGUUGCUGAUGUUGCCCAGGCGUCGGCAGAGGAGUAUGAUGUGUUUCAGAAACUCCUGGCAAGAGAGUGGAAGGAGGAAGAGUUGGAGCGUGGCAACAUUGAGGCUGAUAGUGAUGAUGACGAUGAUGAUGGUGAGGAGGAGGAGGAGGAUGAAGAAGAAGAAGAGGAGGAGGAGACCAGAGGAAAAAGUGGAUACAAGAAAAAGAGGAAAAAUAAAUAAUGGGGAACUAUGAAAACCAAGCAAUAGCAUAACUAAGUUGCAGUGUUGAAUGAAUUUAUGCAUCCAAUGUAAUAAACAAUACACUUUAUAUUG